GGUAAUGAGGGCGGAGCUUCGCAGCUCACGAGACCUUCCUUAUGAAUCGACGCUCGAACUCGCAGGGCGGACUUCUCGGCUGCCGGCUGACCCGACACUUCCUUCCCCCCCCCCGCGACCUCCAUCCAACAGAGAAACACACUCAGUGGAAUAUAUCCCACCGGAAUUUUGCUGGGCUCCCAUUUUUUUUUCUUUGGGUCCGUGUGUGUCUUCUCGGGAGCUGGUCGAUCGGCAUGGAGCGCGGGGAAGCCUCGAAGCAGAGCCGGCGCUUCUGCGUCUUGUCCUGGGAUCAGGUGCAGCGGUUGGACUCCAUCCUGGGGGACGCGGUGCCCAUCCACGGCCGGGGAAACUUCCCCACGCUGUCCAUGAGCCCACGACAGAUUGUUCAGGUGGUGCGGGCUCGGCUGGAGGACAAGGGGGUGCGCGUCAAAGACGUGAGGCUGAACGGAUCGGCCGCCAGCCACGUGCUCCACCAGGACACGGGGCUGGGCUACAAGGACCUGGACCUGAUCUUCGGCGUGGCGCUGAAGGACGACCAGGCGUUCCGACUGGUGAAGGACGUGGUGCUGGACUGCCUCUUUGACUUCCUCCCCGCUGGCGUCUCCAGGGAGCGCAUCACGGCGCUGACCCUGAAGGAGGCCUACGUGCAGAAACUGGUGAAAGUCUGCAACGACACGGACCGCUGGAGCCUCAUCUCGCUGUCCAACAACACGGGCAAGAACGUGGAGCUAAAAUUUGUGGACUCUUUGAGGCGGCAGUUUGAGUUCAGCGUGGACUCCUUCCAGAUUUGCCUGGACUCCCUGCUCUUGUUCGACCGCUGCUCCGAGACGCCCAUGUCGGAGAGCUUCCACCCCACGGUGGUGGGCGAGAGCGUCUACGGCGACUUCCAGGAGGCCAUGGACCACUUGCGCCAGAGGACCAUCGCCACGCGAAGCCCCGAAGAGAUCCGCGGAGGCGGCCUGCUGAAGUACUGCCACCUGCUCGUGCGGGGCUUCCGAGCGGCCUCCGAGUCGGACAUGAAGCAGAUGCAGCGCUACAUGUGCUCGCGCUUCUUUAUUGACUUCUCCGACAUCGGCGAGCAGCAGAGGAAACUGGAGGCCUACCUCCAAAACCACUUCGCCGGCAUGGAGCACAAACGCUACGAGUGCCUGAUGACGCUGUACCAGGUGGUGAACGAGAGCACCGUGUGUCUGAUGGGUCACGAGCGGCGCCAGACCCUCAGCCUGAUCUCCAUGCUGGCGCUGAAGGUGCUGGCCGAGCAGAACGCCAUCCCCACGGUGACCAACGUCACGUGCUAUUACCAGCCCGCGCCGUACGUCCAGGACAUAAACUUCAGCAAUUACUACAUCGCGCACGUGCAGGCGCCGCACGUGUCGCCGUGCGCCGCUUCCUACCAGACGUGGCUGCCGUGUAGCUGAGGCCGACGCGCCCCCAAAGAUGGAUCGCUUUUGGAUCUUUUUGCAGAAAGUGGACUGAACACACAAGACGACGACAACCAAAAAAAAAAAAAAACCAAAAACCAAAAACCAAAAAACACGUUUGCCAAAUGUGAUUCGAUUUCAAACCAACGCGCGAAACCAUCCUGUUCUGCUGUACGUCACACGAUUGAGCCGACUCAACAUCCAUCAGAUUGCUGGUCGUUUUUUUUUUAAAAGCUGUAGCGAUGAUGUCUUAUUUAAAAGUAAAAAAAAAAAAAAAUUGAAUGAAUAAACGACUGUUUAUGAAGCUUUUUUUUGUUUUAUAGAAAUACAA